AUGUCACUUCUUCUAGGCCGUGCCUCAUAUCUACAAGACUUCGACAUUGAUGUACUACAUCCUGCUCCCUCUUCAGAUCCUGCCAUCUGGCCUUCCGGAUUACCAGGCGUCUGGGUAUUCAACAGCCGACUAUGCAAACUGGUUCGUCUGCCUUUCUAUUUAGGGUCUAAGUUGGCCGUUUUCAGUACUCACAAAUUCAGUGUUCUUUUGUACUCUUCCUUUACCCCUUUCAUAGUAGUUUUCCUGCACGCGAUUGCGAAGACAAAUCUGGAAGAUGUCCACUUACUCGAUAACAUUUUGGCAACUCUAAAACAUACCCGAAAUAUGUCACCAGCAUGCGAUCGCCUGUAUAAAAUCUGCAAUAGUUUUGCUACAGUUUCUCGAGAUCUAGUUAGUGGUAGAAGUUCAUCCUCAGCAGUACAUGCUGAGCGAGGAGCCACAUUGGAAAUUUCGCAUGACCCCCAGCAUACUCCCAUAUUUCACCUUGAAUCAAUGGAAGAAUCUUGGGGUAUGGGUGUGCCUUCCACAGAAGCUGAUGCGCAUGAGACUAUGUCAGCGCUGCUAGAAAGUUGGGAGAACGGACAGCCAUUUGCGAAUAUUCUGCUUGAAGAAUCCCUUUGUCCAAACAUGUCUUAG